ACGAUGCAAAAGAUCCGUCUUUCCAUGCUAUGCUCUUCAAUUCUUCAUGAUACUGUACGUGACACUUCACCUGUAUGUUGAUCAAUGUUGAUAGAAGUUGAUUGAUACACUAGGCCGCAUGGUACAUUGUCACGAGGUACUUGUGUGUGGAAAUUAUUUUUUUCCUGGGAAUAUGAAAAAAUUACACAAAUAAUUUCUGAUAUAAGUGUUUUCACGUGGAUAUAAAUUAUAUUAUUCAAAAAUAUUUAAAGUGAAUGAAGUUUUUUCUGGGUAUCUGAAGUGUUGUAUUAUUAAGAGCAGAAAUGUCGAAAAAUUUGGUUCAAUACAUAAUAUUGCGAGGAGAUCUUUUAAAAACCUGGAAAGUUGGCCCGAUGAUUGCACAAGCAUGUCAUGGUGUUACUGCUGUCAUGGCUAAACAUUACAGUGAUCCAUAUGUGCAAGAGUAUUUGCAAGAUCUUGACAACAUGCAUAAAGUAGUUUUAGAAGCCCCUGAUCUUCCCUGCAUAGAAAAACUGGUGUCAGUUCUGAAGGAAAACAAUAUUGACCACACUGUUUGGAUUGAAAAACCAGAAAAUUUCUGCACUUGUUUAGUAUUAAAACCAUACCCUAAAACAGAAGUUGAAGAGUUUUGGAAAGAUGUCACAGCAGCUGUUGAUCCAAAACCUUGCUUUUUACCACAGUUGUUUUCAGUUCUUCCUAAUAUGCAAUAUAAUGAUGAUGAUCAUGUAAUGGAAUGUAAG